AUGAAUGUUAUCGAGUGGGCAUUCGGAAAGCGCAUGACACCAGCAGAGCGCCUACGCAAACAUCAAAGGGCUCUGGACCGAACGCAGCGCGAAUUGGACCGGGAGCGAACCAAGCUGGAAAAUCAAGAAAAGAAGCUGGUGCAAGACAUCAAGAAGAGCGCCAAAAAUGGUCAGAUUGGAGCCUGCAAGAUCCAGGCCAAAGACCUGGUCAGGACAAGACGGUACAUCCAGAAAUUCUACCAAAUGCGAACACAACUUCAAGCGAUUUCCCUUCGCAUUCAGACCGUUCGCAGCAAUGAGCAGAUGAUGCAGUCAAUGAAAGGCGCCACAAUGCUACUGGGUAGUAUGAACCGACAAAUGAACCUUCCCGCGCUGCAACGAAUCGCCAUGGAAUUUGAACGAGAAAACGAUAUUAUGGAUCAGCGACAAGAAAUGAUGGAUGACGCGAUUGACGAAGCAACUGGAAUGGAGGGCGAGGAUGAAGAUAGCGAAGAUAUUGUUAAGGAAGUCUUGGAUGAAAUAGGUGUAGACCUCAGCCAGGCGGUUCGUGUUCUCUUCUUCAUCUACGCCAGAGCUGUGCGCAUACUAAUAUUUGCUUCUGAACAGCUGGGCGAGACGCCAACCGACAUACAGAAGACUGCAGUCGGCGAGACUCGAGUGGCCCAACCGGUUGGCGCCGGGGGGAGUUCCGCUGAUGACGAUCUACAAGCCAGGCUGGACAGUCUUCGACGUUAA